AGGAACACGACACAAGUGCUUUGACAACUUUUCCGUUCAAUAGAGGUGUGUGGCUGGAUUUAGCAAAUUCUCACUAAACAUAUCAAAUGGCCACUUUCACUAUGCUAAAUUAACGAGUGCGUUCACAGUGGCCAUGAAAUCAUGAAUGACGACCCAUUCCUUUCUUUAUUCAAUCCAAACUUUUCUUGUUACAGCUCUCCAUUAUUGUCCUUUUUCUACAUGUAUAACGCAUGGAAAGGUCACUUUCUUUUGAUUCUUCUUCUUGUUUUUGUUCCCCUCUUAAGUCAAGUAUGGACUUCUCUUCUUCUUGCUUCUGCUACUCGCACAUCUCACUCAAGAUGAACUGCAGGGCACCUGCCUUGAUGUCCAGGAGAAACCAGCCAACCUCUUAUACUUUUAUAGAAAAGAAAUCUGACAUUGUGAAUCAACGAGUAGUGGAAUUCGGAACCAAGUUUAGAAGUGGAGCUAAUUUUCUGGGAGGAUCAAGAGUCAUUAUUCAACUUAACCUUCAAACAACUCUUCCGCAAAGAAAAAGCUCGACGGUGACUGCUUGUUUGCCAAGUUCUGAAAUUGCUUCUACUGUUUUUACACUGGGGACAGCAGCGGUUCUUCCGUUUUAUACCCUCAUGGUUGUGGCUCCUAAAGCUAAACUUACCAGAAAAGUGAUGAAAAGCAGCAUACCCUAUAUUGGCUUUGGACUUCUGUACGCAUAUCUAUUAUACCUCUCUUGGACACCAGAUACAAUUCAGCUGAUGUUUGCUAGUAAAUACUGGCUUCCGGAGCUGCCAGGCAUAACUAAGAUGUUCUCCAACGAGAUGACAUUAGCUUCUGCAUGGAUUCACUUGUUGGCUGUAGAUCUUUUUGCUGCAAGGCAGGUUUAUCAUGAUGGAUUGCAGAAUGAUAUUGAAACCCGCCAUUCUGUGUCUCUGUGCUUGCUGUUUUGCCCCGUCGGAAUUGUUACUCACUUCAUCACCAAAGCUCUAACCAGUAGCUCAGAAAAAAGACAGCAUAGGACUCAUUAACCAAGAAUGUAGGCCAUUAUAAAUGAUCAGCCUGUGUGUGACUAUCAGCAAAGUGUAAAGGUUUUCAGCAAUGAAACACAACAGUAGAAGCUUGUAUUCUUGUAAUACAACAUUGGUAUACUGAUGAUCCAACUAGGGGUGUUCAUAAAAACCUGAAAAAUCGAA